AUGCCUGCCAAAAUUUUAUCCGCCUCCGCAUCACCAAAGAAAUCAUCAUCCUCGUCAACAUCGCUAAAGAGUAAAUCAAUUCAAAAAUCGGGCUCCUUCAAUUAUGCCCUCUUUUUACAUCGCGAGGAGCUGAGGAAACGACGCAGUUCUUCAUCCCGGGUGUCACGUACCAAAUUCCUGCUCACCCAUGAGCUAAUCAACAAAACAGUUCGGAAUAUUACCAAAUGUUCGGCUGAAGAUUUGCAAAAUCUUAACCGACAAGCGAUAUUCAAAAAGAAUUUAUAUCAGCAAUUGGUACAACAAAAACAAUCACAAAAUGUGGAGGCACAGAGGAUGCAAAAGCAACAGCAGCAACAAAAACCACAACAGCAUCAAAUCCAUCAACAACGUCAAUUGUCGGGUAUCCAGCAAAUGAAACGCCAGCAAAUAUCAUCACCGAGUUCCCAACACCAGACACAACAAAGGAAACCUCUGCUACAACGUCAGAACUCAAUGCAGUUCAUGAAAUUUUAA